AGUCAGCUGUCAAACACACACUGCAGGAAUUACAGUGGCGAAAAGAAACACAUAAUCGUCACUUUACACACUAAAUGAUUCAUUUUUACUACAUUUCUGGAGGUUUCGCAGAUUUAAAUGCGUCUGGAACUCAGGAGGAGGCCGGUGCAGGAUGAUUCCCGUGGUUCCUGUGGAGUCCUGCACUCAUGUCCUGGCAGAGUUUGACUGUCUGGACCCCCUCCUUUCCGCCCUGCGACUGGACUCGGGACGUAUCAAAUGCACAUGCCUCUCCGUGUCCAAAAAGUGGCUCGCUCUGGGCACGUCUUCCGGAGGACUUCACCUCAUUCAGAGAGACGGCUGGAAGCAGAAACUCAUCCUCACACACAAAGAAGGCUCAAUCACGCAGGUCUCAUGCUGCCCCCAUGAUGAGGACUUCAUUGCUGUAGCAACAAGUCAGGGGGUGGUGGUGGUGUGGGAGCUGCACUUGGAGAGGCGCGGCCGUCCGGAGCGUGUGUGUGUGUCCUGGGAGCAUCGCGGACAGACGGUAACAUCUCUGUGCUGGGACACCGUGGCCCUCCGAGUGUUUGCUGGAGAUGCCGGGGGAAAAGUGUCCUACGUCCGGGCUGGGUCGUCUAAACUCGGGAAGGGCUCUGCGUUUGUGAUCUUCCCAGUUCAGACCAUCACCACUGUGGAUUCACGUGUGGUUCAGCUGGGUUACACAGACGGACACUUGAUGGUCUCGUCUCUCAGCCGCUGCUACCUGUGUGACACAGAAAGGGAGAAGUUCUGGCGUGUGGGUAAUAAAGAGCGAGACGGAGAGUUUGGGGCGUGCUUUCUCCUGCAGGGUCAGCGGGGUCAGGGGGGCGGUCCUCCUGCCCUGCUGUACUGCGCCCGGCCCGGCUCACGCAUAUGGGAGUCCAGCUUCAGUGGAGAAGUCCUGAGCACACACCAGUUCAAACAGCUGCUGGCCUGCCCACCGCUGCCCCUCGUCUCUUACAAGAGUGAGCCUCAUUUCAAUCCCGCACAGACGAGUCCACAAUCUCUGGCUUUCCCAAGACUCCUUCAGUUUGGUGAUCAAAAUCUGCUCACCUGGACGGAUUCUGCCAUCUACAUCUUCACCCCUCACAGUGGUCAGGUUCUGCUGUGGACAGAGGUCAAAGACGUGGUGGAGAUUUCAGUUUUUCGUAACGAGGUAUUUUGUCUCCAUGGUGACGGACGUUUGUCUCACCUGUUGCUGGUGUCACCUGAGCGCUGUGUGGAGCGGCUGAUGAAGAGGGAGAACUGGACGCUCGCCGCCACCGUCUGCUGCAUGUUCCAGCACACCGUUACUACAUCCAGGGUACACACUAACAAGAACACUUUUUCUUCACAAAAAGAGUACAGGCGAUUUUAUCACAUCUCUUCUGUAUUUCUUCAGGCCAGGAAGUCCCUCCCCAUUGAUCGACUUGAGCAUCUCAAGGCUCAGCUAAACUCCGCCUCCCAGCAGCAGCUGAUUGGUCAGCUGGAGGAAGUGAUCAGCAAACUGGAGCCACUGGACUCGGCCUGCAGCAGCCGCAGAAGCAGCAUUUCCUCGCACGAGAGCUUUAACGUUCUGGACUGCGGCAUCUACCGCGUCAUCAGCCGGAGAGGCAGCCAAUCAGAUGAUGACGCCAGCUCCCUCGCCAACCAAUCGAUGCUUGAGGAGGAGCGGCUGAAGGAGUUCAAUUUCACUGAGGAAGAGCAGGUGGACAAUGACUCUCAGUUUGUGCGUGGAGAGGGCGACAGGUCAGACCUCGGCUUGCAGUUUCUGCCUCUGUCUUUCCGCUCAAAACCCCCACGAGUCGCCCUGCAGGCUGUUCGAGACAGUGUCUCUAGCUUUGUGAAAAAGACGACCGAGAAGAUCAACACGCUUCAGAUGAACUCGGAGCUAUGGCCUCGGCCUGACCUCAGGGACGGCGUUCAAGAAGAGGUCACGGCCGCAGCGACUCCUCUUCCAGAGGAAGGCGAGCAUGAAAUGAACGCUGAGCAGUCCAGCUCCGAGUCUGAGCUGCAGGAGUUGAGAGCCGCCACAAAGAAAGCCAUCUCUCAAAUCCAGAACCCCAUGGUUUUACUGGACCCCGUCUGUCUCAGCGAUGUGCUCCAAGACUGGGCCCCGGUUCUGGAGAAGGUUCUGGGUCCGGAGGAUCACAGCGUACCUAGAGAAAUAGCUCAUCUGGAGGAGGAAGAGCUUGUUUCAUCGAUGUCCUGCUGCGUCGUGGUUCAGCCAGAGAUCUUAACAGCGCCGUCUACUAACCCGGAUGAAUCCGCAACCCUCACCGAAGAAGAGGACCUUGGAGAGCCCAUCCCUUGUUCCACUGCCCCAGUCAGAGGGUCAUUUCCACCUUUUGCUAACCAUGUUGAAUUAAUCCAGCUGUUUUCCCCCAAACCUCUGCCCCCUGACCUCCAGGCUGACCUCUCACAGCUGGCCUGUCUUUACCUGGAGAUGGGCUGCCCCGGUAGAGGAGGGGUCGAAAGUGUGUGUGUGUUCCUGAGGAGGUUCUUCUUCCUGUUGGACCAGGAGAGAGUGAGGAAGAUGUGUAUGCUGAGAUACAGAGAGCACCGAGACGUGCUGAAGGCGUACAUCGCUGGCAUGCUGGAGUUCACUCAGGCCAGCAAGGUGGUGGAAGUGAUUCAGAAGGACGACCUGCUAAAGUCUCUGCGCAGUCUGAGAGAACUUCAGCCCUGGAACACACCUCUGCUCCUCUCACACCUGUACAGACUCUAUGAGAAGCACGGGGAGGUGGCCGUUCGUGCCUACCCGCAGUUCUAUCCCACAAUCCUCCCCUCUGACAUCAUGGCUAUGGCUUUACCCAGCCACUUCCUGCCUUAUCUGGACAAUCUGGUCCAAUCACGAGCCGAGCAGCAGCGGUUGUCUUUCUUGGGUUCUCUUCUCCAGCCAGAAACUUUGCGACAGGAUUGGCUGGAACUGGCGUUAUCCCAUGAUGCCCCACUAAGGGAUGACACACUCACUCCUGACGGACAGCCCAGGUGGCACUCUCAUUUCUUCAGCUGGGGUUAUGGGCGUCUGCUGUCUCUGCUGAUCCGCUUGCCUGCUGAUCUGACCUCCAAACAGAAGAUGCUGGAGAUGUGUAAAACUCAAGGGUAUUGGAUGGGUUACCUGUACCUGUGCAGAGAGUUGCAGCGGCGAGCAGAGGCUUUCAGCGCCAUCUGCAGACUGGAUGACAUGACGCUUCUAGAGGAGGAUGAUGGUAUUGUUCCUCAGUCUCUUGAUGAGUGGGUUUUGCUACUCCAGCUCUCACAGGAAAUCUCUUCAGUCGACGAAGUGCCGCCCACUUCAUCUCUGCCCAGCAGCACCAAUGGAUCCUGUUCAGACGACACUAACAGUAAUGGCACGAGUGAUGGUUCCUCUGACCUAUCAAACAGUUCAAAUGACUGGAGCAUUCGGGUCAGCCCAGAGAACAUCAUCCUGCGUUUGGUCAAAGUCUUUGGGCCGGACCAGGCCCUGGCGGCCCUCCAGGAACGUGGGAUACAGGUGGAUCUCAGUUCACGCUCCACGCUGGUCUGUGAUCUGCUGCGGAUGGCUGAGAAGCGGCAAAGAGCACUGAUUCAGACCAUGUUGGAGCGCUGUGACCGGUUUCUGUGGUCUCAGCACGCUUGAGACCCCCGUGUCCGGCCGAUCUCUGCGUAUGCCCCCAGAAGCACUUCUGCUCUCAGUAUGGACACACUGCGCUCUCUGUGGUCAUUAAACAACUGCUCUGGGAUCAGCUGUGUAUGGCUGUUUCUAGAUCAGAUCAUCUCAGGUCACUAGACCUUAUCAGUCACAAUCUAACACAGAUUCCAGUCCGUUGCUUUUUCGCACCAGCACUUAUAUGACUCUGUUGAUGGAAGUGUUGUGUUGGUGUCACAUGACUCUAAAUUGUUCUUCAGUAUUUCGUCUCCUGUUUCCAAUUUAGGUAUUUAAUGAGGUGUUUACACAGUAUUAACAAUGGGCCUUUUUAAUGAAACUUCAUUCAAAAAUCCAUUUGUACAUAAAUUAUCCUAUUGAAUUGAUGCAACAAUUUAUGAAUAGAUGCUUCUAGAUUCUAUAUCCGAUCUGCAUAAUUGUUUUCCAUAUUUAUAUGAGGAUUAUAUAUAUAUAUAUAUACACACACACACACACAAUAUUCCUUAAAUAAAUAUGGAAAAUGCAUAUUUAUCUAUUUAACUGUCUUAAUGUGAUUUUCAUCUGCAAGUAUUUGAGAACAAACAAAAGAAAAACUAAAAGACAUGUUCAUUUAACAGAGAUAAUUAUAAAUACAUGUGAAUGUAUGAACUAAAGCUUUUUGUAACUAAUGCCGUCUGGUUUAUCAGGCUGCUCUUAAUGAAAAGCACAAUAAAUAAAUAUGAGUAUCGUGUUAAUUUA